CGAGAGCCGUGGCAAACCAAACUUGCCACAUCGGCCAUGAUGCGGCCUGCCGACGAGUACGCUUCCGUGCAGGACGACACGUCGGCCCGGAAGAGCUUUGCCGCUGUUACGACACCUAUCAUGGAAGACGACGGUGCGAUGGCUCCCCUCGUCGUCGAUAAUUUGAACCCGCCACUAUCAACGCCACCGAAGAAGAAACGUGUGGCGUGUCUGGAUGUGUUUCGAGGUGUCACGAUCACAGUCAUGAUAUUCGUGAACCUUGGUGGCGGUGGCUUGGACCCGUUCAUCCACGUGGGAUGGAACGGCCUGCACCCGGCGGACUGCGUCUUUCCAUUCUUUGCCUGGAUUAUGGGUGUCACAAUGAAUGUCGGAAUGGCGUCUCAUGCUAAAAAAGGCACAGCUCCAUUGGAGAUCCUCCUCGGCAACUUUGUCCGCUCGGUCAAGCUCUUCUUGUUGGGUCUCUUUGUGAACAACUUCCGGAACCUCAAGACUGGGCGCAUCACCGGCGUGUUGCAGUCGUUUGGGUUUGCGUAUUUGGCCGUUUCAGUUGGCAUUGUGGUUGGAUUACAUUGGAAAUCCGAUGUCCGCACGUGGCAGCAUCGACUGAUUGAAGGCGCCGUCAUCGCGGCCCUUGUGACCACGAAUCUCCUCAUCACGUUUCUCCUUUCGGUGCCUGGGUGCCCCACCAGCAACUUGGGCAAUGAAAUCGAAGCGUGCGGCCCCCAUUACUACGUUGACAAGUUGGUGUUUGGCGACAGUCAUCUCUAUUCCGCUGGAAACAACGACCCUGAAGGUCUCCUCAAUUGGCUGAUGGUGGCGUUCACGGCGUAUAUUGGGUACGUCGUGGGGGGAUUUUUCCUUGCCACCACGGAAUGGAAGCGGAAAGUGGCGAUUCUGAUGGGUGCGGGGAUCGUGCUGGGGCUGGUUGGCCUCGGGCUGGCGGGGUUUCAAGUUGAAGGCGGACCUAUUCCCGUCAAUAAGAGCAUCUGGAGUGUAUCGUUCGUGCUGACCGUGUCAGGGAUGGCGUGCGUCGUCCUGUGCGUGUUCUACUUGAUCGUGGACAAAUUUGCCUGGUGGCACGGCAUGCCAUUCAAGGAAACCGGCAUGAACGCGAUCGCGUUGUACGUUGGGCAUGAAGUCGUGGGGCAGCACGCUCCGUUUGGAUGGGACCGUGACGAAGAUGUGGUGGCGCAAAAUGUCCUUAGCAACCUGGGCGGGACCCUGUGCUGGGUCAUGAUUGCCAUUUGGAUGUUCAAGCACGAAUACUUCAUCACGGUUUGAUUGCGUCCCAACGACAGCACCGGUUGGACUUGUUGGCCGACCGACCGCCAUGCAUCCCGGUGACAGACACACGACGGCGUUGGUGAGGCGUACGUUCGAGCGAAGCCGGAGCAUUUAUUUACGAUUGAAUGGAACCAUCGGCCAACACCAACAGGUGUCAAUCUAAAAUUGACAUCCCUUUGAAUCUCAACGACACCUUGCUGCGAAUCGAGGACCCAGUCUGACUCGAUAGCAGAAACAGUUCUUGCAUGCAUCGUUCUCAACACUAC